AUGAACGCACAUCAGGUUUAUUACAAUAAUUCUUUACCACCACCACAACAGCAUUUGCACGUUCAGUCAUCAGCAUUCUAUCCGUCGGGAACAUUGAGCCACGUUCAACAUCAACAUGAUGUUAGCAAUUCGUCAUCGUCUGUGGCUUCGUCGUCAAGUUCACUGGAAUCGCCUCAUAGAACAGGAAAUCGUAAACGAUCGAGUAACAAACCUACUGGUUCAACUAAAACAAGCAUGAAACGGAAAGCUCCAAAUGAUAAUGACGACGAUGACGAUGAAGAAAACCAAUAUUAUUUACGCAAUGCUUCAACAUCAACUGUCCUCAUGUCAAACCAUACGUUUGAUAAUGACGGGACUAAUGACGAAGAUAGAGGGAAACAAGCUCGUGAAAACCAUUGUGAAAUCGAACGACGUCGUCGUGUGAAAAUGGCCACAUAUUUUACUGAAUUGUGCGAUAUGGUUCCAACCUGUUCAAAUCUAGCGCGUAAACCUGAUAAGUUAACUAUUCUUCGUAUGGCAGCACAGUUUAUGAAAACUCUUCGUGCUAAUAAUCAUCUAUUGUCCUCGAAUGCUAUUACGACGGCACAGCAGCAAGAUUCGCAUAAGCCAUCAUUUCUGAAUGAUCAAGAAUUAAAGUAUAUCAUGGUGGAAUCAUGUGAUGCUUUCCUAUUUGCACUAGAUUGUGACAAUCUGCACGUGAUCUAUGUGAGUGAUGCAAUACAGCAUAUCCUGUCAUAUGCAUGCCAAGAUUGGUAUUCCAAAUACUUCUUUGAUUUCAUACAUCCUGACGAUGUCGAAAAAGUACGUGAGCAAUUUAACUUACAACCACAAGAUGGUAGUUCAAAUGAUGGUAAUAGUGGUCGAGUUUUGGAUAUCAAAACUGGAACGAUAAAAAAAGAUGGUCACGGCUCAAAUACACGAUUAGGUAGCUCCAAGCGUUCAUUUAUCUGUCGUAUUCGUGUAAAUCCAACAAAUUCAACUGGCCAUACCUAUCGAAAUUCAUCAGUCAACCCAUUUACAUUACGUUGUCGUCAUCGAAUGUCGCUCGGACCGUCUAUCGAUGGGCAUCUCUACGAAGUUGUACAUGUCAGUGGUUAUAUUCGAAAUUUAAGCACUCACCAUCCAUCAUCGUCCACUAACAACAAUCAAGUAGCAUUUGUCGGUAUCGCUCGAGUACAAAAUUCAUUGGCAGCCAAUGUCAAUGAUCUGACAGCUCAUCCGCUAACAACAAUGAACUCAGUUACAACGGAAUUUACAUGCCGUUGUCAUCCCGAUACAGGCGAAGUUUUAUUUAUUGAUCAACGUUGUACUUCCAUUAUCGGCUAUGAAAGUCAGGAAUUAUUGCAUAAAUCAAUCUACGAACUAAUUCAUCCGAAUGAUCAAAUGAAUUUUCAAGAACUUUUUAAACGAACCGUCACACCAUCUAAAGAUCUUACUGAUGCACCUCAGCAUAUGACGGAUAUAAUGAUACUUUUCCGUACACACCUCGAGAAUAAAUAUAUAGCACUCAAAGCUUCCAUGUACGCCUUUUCCAAUCCCUGUUCAGAUCAAAUUGAAUUUGUUAUUCUCACAUUUCAAUCCAACCAAACAAUUACGCGAACAUCUGUCAUUGCCAAUACAACUGAUUAUCAUCAUUCAUCAUACGGGAUCUAUUCCCGACCAGAUACCAAUCCUACAAUACAAUAUCCAUCUCAAUCACUAACUACAUUCAAUAAGUCAGAAGAACAAGAAUAUCCCACUGUAAAUGAAAUUAACAAUGAACCAACGUAUGCGAGUAAUACUGGAGGAACAACGUGGACACCGGGAAAUGACAGCUGGAUAACAACACCCGAUGGAACAACUUCACAUGUCUCGAAUAAUCAGAACCAAGCAAAUCUUCCGCUGUAUCAUCAAUGA